AUGAACAGAGGAUUUGUAACUGGUGUUAGAAUUGCAACCAAAUGUGCAAAUAAAUCAUCCAACUGUGGAUUCAAAGCAGCAUCAUCAAAUAAUAUAUAUAAUAGUUUUAAAGCAACCUGUACAUUAAAUAAUAAUAAUAACAAUUCUAAUAUACCAUCCUCAUCAUCAUCAUCACCAUCAUUUGCUUCAUUUUUUUCUUCUACAUCCACAUCAGCAACUUUAAAUGGUUCAUCAAAUAAUAAAACAGUAGUUCCAAAAAGUUUAGAAAAUAUUUCAAGUGCAUCCCAAUUCAAUUUUAGCACUUUCUUUAUCAUUUCAGAUGGUAUUUAUUAA